ACUUUCCCGAGGAGUUGGUUGGUAUGUGUGCUGCGCGGACAGACGGACAACUCAGCAGACGGACAAGCUACAGCGAGUGGUCCAGCGUACUUGUACCUAUUUUUAGAAGUCUGCCCAAUGGGGGGAAACGAGAAACGGCAGAGGAAAGUCUCAGCUGCGCUGCCAUGAGCUCGCACGACACAGCAAAGUGACGGAGGAAAAGGGUUGACAGACGGCCAACGCUUUGUUUCAGUUCGACUUCACUUUAAACAAAUCGCAGUGGCCCCUUGGAUAAGUUGCCGUGCAGCGCAAUGGCUGCUCAGUGCGACGCAUUAAGUGGAUACUUGCAGCAGUCGGACCACGGCUCCAACAGCGAGCGUAGCACUGACUCUCCCCUCCCGGGAUCAGAAGAGGAUCUCAGCGGUCCCCAUCCGCUGCCAGACCCAGAGUGGACUGAGGAGAGGUUUCGGGUGGACCGAAAGAAACUGGAAGUCAUGCUGUUAGCUGCCUCAGAGGGGAGAGUCAACGGCGGUGAGGAUUUCUUUCAGAAGGUCAUGGAUGAAACCCAAACACAGAUAGCCUGGCCCUCCAAGCUGAAAAUUGGAGCCAAGUCCAAAAAAGAUCCACACAUCAAGGUGUGCGGGAAGAGGGAGAAUGUGAGAGAAGCCAAAGACAGAAUCAUGUCCGUCCUUGACACAAAGAGUAACCGAGUGACGCUAAAGAUGGACGUUUCCCACACAGAGCACUCCCAUGUUAUUGGAAAAGGUGGCAACAACAUCAAGAGGGUGAUGGAGGAGACAGGGUGCCACAUCCAUUUCCCAGACUCUAACAGGAACAACCAGGCAGAGAAAAGCAACCAGGUGUCCAUCGCAGGGCAGCCAGGAGGGGUGGAGGCAGCUCGUGUAAAAAUAAGGGAGCUGCUACCUCUUGUGCUGUCUUUUGAGCUUCCAGCCAUCAUGCAGUCUGACCCCAGCUCUCCCACCGUGCAGCACAUCUCGCAGACAUACAACCUCACAGUUUCCUUCAAGCCCCCAUCACGACUCUACAGAGCUACCGGUGUUGUCCGUGGCUCACAGAAUAAUGCCAAUGCAGUAAAGAGAGGCACAGCUCUGUUGUUGGAGCACCUUGCUGGCAGUCUGGCGAGCACCAUCUCAGUCACCACCCACCUGGAUAUCGCACCACAACAUCACCUUUUCAUGAAGGGUCGCAAUGGCAGCAACAUCAAGCACAUCACCCAGAGGACGGGAGCCCAGAUCCACUUUCCUGACCCCAACAGUCCCCAGAAAAAAUCCACGGUCUACAUUCAGGGCACCAUUGAAUCUGUCUGCCUCGCACGCCAGUACCUCAUGGGUUGCUUGCCUCUAGUUUUAAUGUUUGACAUCAAGGAAGACAUUGAGGUGGAGCCCCAGUGCAUCACAGCACUGAUGGAGCAGCUGGAUGUCUUCAUCAGCAUCAAACCAAAGCCAAAGCAACCCAGCAAGUCAGUGAUUGUGAAGAGCGUUGAGAGGAAUGCAGUCAACAUGUACGAAGCUCGAAAAUUCCUUUUGGGUCUUGAGAGCAAUGGAGUGUCUACUUCCUCACCCUCUGUGCCACUGAAUUCCACCACUAAUGGUCCAUCCCCGUCCCUCAUCUGCCCCGUUGGCCUGGAUAUCCUGACCUCAGCUGGUCUGGGGCUGAGUAAUCUGGGUUUUUUGGGUGCGACGGCGCCCCACUCUCUCCCCAAUUCUGCCGCCCCAAACGCAGUUCUGAACAGCUUAAACUCCUCUCUGAGCCCUCUGCAGACACCGAGCCCCAGCACCCCAACACCCUCCCCGUCCCUCUGGCCCAAUUCACUCACCAGUACCCAGAGCUUUUCAUCUCAGCUGAUUCUGCAUCCUGCCACUCAGGCCACCCUAAACAUCCUUAGGGUUACAGGAAUGCAGGGUUACACACACAACACACCAUCUCCUCCACCCGGCCUUACCCCCAUAGACAAACAGCCAAACGGGGUCCCUGACUGCACUCUUAAUGGACAUGUCAAGCAUCCUGGUUCAGUCUACGGGAGGUUAGCAACGGCAACACUUGCAGAAACUGUUUUGAGUCCAGCACCAUGUGACUCAUCCCAGGAUGCCAGCGGACACAAUCCAUCAGAACCGCUAUCAAGCAAGUCCAAUCCAGAUGAAGGUUCAGAUACUUUUGUAGAAGUGGGCAUGCCGAGAAGUCCCUCUCACUCUGCUAAUGGGAGCGAGCUGAAGCAGAUGCUGGCUUCUUGUAAGACGUCAUCAGGGAAACGGCAGGCUGUGGAGCUUCUUCAAGGCACCAAAAACUCCCAUUUACAUUCUGAAUGUCUCCUCUCGGACGCCGAGUCCAGCUCGUCAGACGGUCCAGUGGCAGAUAAGAGGGCACCAGGUAGCGAGCGGGCGGCUGAAAGGGCUGCACAGCAGAAUGAGAGGGAAAGAAUCAGACUGGCGCCACAGACGUCCUUUGCAAACAUGCAGGCAUUUGACUACGAACAGAAGAAACUGUUAGCAACAAAAGCUAUGUUAAAGAAGCCUGUGGUGACUGAAGUCCGGACCCCUACCAACACUUGGAGUGGUUUGGGCUUCUCAAAGUCCAUGCCAGCUGAGACAAUCAAGGAGCUCCGGAGAGCCAAUCAUGUGUCAUAUAAACCCAGCAUGAGCACCACAUACGAGGGUUCAGCACUGUCCUUGUCUCGAGCCGGGAGCCGGGAAGGCGUGGGGAGUGGUAGUGAUUCUGACAACUGGAGAGAGAGAAACGGCACCGGUAAUGGUCUGCCAAACCACACCGAGUUCCCCUCAGCUGUCAGCAGUCCAAAGAGAAAGCAGAACAAAUGUGCUGCAGAGCAUUACCUCAGCAGCAGCAAUUACAUGGACUCCAUCUCCUCUGUAACUGGCAGCAAUGGAUGCAGCCUGAACUCGUCCCUGAAAGGCUCUGACCUGCCUGAGCUCUUCAGCAAACUGGGCUUGGGAAAGUACACUGAUGUCUUCCAGCAACAAGAGAUUGACCUCCAGACAUUCCUGACUCUAACAGACCAGGACCUGAAGGAACUGGGAAUCACCACCUUUGGUGCUCGCAGGAAAAUGCUACUUGCUAUUUCAGAACUUAACAAAAACCGGAGGAAGCUAUUUGAGCCCCCCAUCAGGUCCUCCUUCCUGGAAGGGGGAGCAAGUGGCCGCCUCUCCCGCCAGUUUCACGGUGACAUGGCCAGCGUCAGUGGGCGAUGGUAGGCGCUCCUUAAGCCGUCCAUGAAGACCAGUGGAGCCCAAGUUUCAGCAGUUGUUUACCCUUUGUUGAGCUUCAGCUAAAUUGAGACUGUUCACUGCAGCGUUGCCUUCCAAAACAAAUAUAUAUAUAUAAAUAAAAUAAGUAAAUAUAUAAAUGUAUAUGUUUAAAAUUUAAAAAAAAAAAGAAAAAGCCAUAGUUUUACCUGAAGUGCCAACUAAAAAAGGGAUUUUUCAGAUGCAUAAAGUUCAGUGUUAUACAACCUUUGAUUAUCGGAAGCAUUCAUAUGAAGGGUGGUAUGGUUCUGAAGAAGGGUACUACCAAGUAUUUUUCUCCACUUUUUGUAUUAGGGAACAGGCAGAAUGAUUAGUACAAUCAUUUUAUAGAUUGAUACUACCUGCAUUUGUAUUAUGCUAUUGUAUCAGUGACAUGCACUUUAAUAAUACUAGACUUUUGCCUGUGAGAGCCUUACUCCUUAGACUGAAGUAAUAAUAACUAUGCAUUGUUUUAUUAACUCAAAGCACAGAUGCAUUUUGUACCAAACCAAAAGUAAGCACUUAGCCAGUGAGAUUAGGGCGCCAAAAAAAUGAAGUGCAAAAGAAAUCAGCACACCUGAGUGGUGACUUGAUCAACUUUAACACUUUAACCAAAGGAAAGUAUCAUUUUGACCUUUGACCUUUGGCUUCCUUCAGUGUUUGAUUGGUGGAAAUUCCUCCAAAGUCAGUGUUUGUGUUCAACAGCAGUGUGUCUGUGUAUAUCUAGACAAAACAAAACAAAAAUGUAAUAUUUUGUACUCAUCCAUUAUGAUUUUAUGUUUAGUUUUUAUUACCAUUUUAGGCAAAUGGGCGGAAUGUUUAUUGGUAAUCAGUUUACAUAUGUAUUUUUAUAUAUGUUUUUGAAUGAGUUUCUUUUUUUCUUUUUUCUUUUUUUUUGUAAUUUCUUUACUCGUAUCUUUUACUAUUUUCUGCCCCUCAAUCUGUGGAGCCAUGAUAUGGCUGUGCCAUAUGACAGCAGCAGAGAUGUGAGGCAGUUGGGCUAAGCCUCGUAGGCCUCCCUCUGAUUGUGUCAGCAGGCAACUUUCUGUGGUUUUCCUUCUGUUUAUAGUGCAUGCUGUUUGUCUCAUCUUGUUAUUUGUCAUAAUUGGCACCCUGUGGCCACUUCCAUGCGCCUUAAAAUCUCCCAAAAUGCUCCUGCCUUGUGUCUGGAACGUGAGCUGCUAUGUCAGGAGUUGCAUGGCAUUUAUAUUCCACUCAACUUGUUCCAUUUAGAGCAAAGUAAGAGCUCGUAAUAGAACAAAGUCAUACCUUUGUAACAUGAAGUGCCAAUGUACAUAACUCAGUUUUCAGUGGGGAGAUAUUUAGUUAAGAACACUAAUAUUUUCAUCCGAUCUUCCUCUCCAGAUUGAAGGCACAUCACAAAGAACCAAUAUAUUCACAGCCAAGUUGGUCUCAUAAAAGAAUUUCUGAGAGACACAAAUAAGGAACCACAGUCACUGAGAGGACUGAGAUUUAAGAUGAAGACAAAGAUCUAGAAUUUUUUAGUAUUAGUCAUGCAAUCUAAAAUAAUCCUAAAAAAUUCAGUUAAGCGUUGUUUAAUGAAGUAACAGGAUUAUGCACACAGCAGUGUUUAUUAUCAGGUUUUCCCCUUUCUGUACUUGUAAUGUGUUCAGUUGUGUUUUGAAAGAAAAUUUUUCAGUAGUUUAUUAACUUUGGAUAUCUCAAAUGUUUUUUGUGUAAUGUUCUUAAAAUAUCUGAUUUGGACAACAAGCUAAUUCUUCCACUGUCCCCAGCAUUUUCAAGUGCAAUUUAGUGCCUCUUUGUAACGUUUUCCUUGUUUAUGUUUGAAGGACAUUAUGUGUAAAAGCUAAGAUGGAGAAAUUUCUUGGUUCAAACAAGGGUACAGUAUAUAAAAUCUGCAAAGUAUAAAGAGACGUGGCCAUUUUAUCUCUGUAAAUUUAAUUAUGACAAAAAGUAGCUGCAGUUCUCACAUAAUCUAAAACAGAAGUCAGUCAUAUCUCAGAUUCAUGAUUUCCUGCAAGGUCAUUUGUUCUUUUAACCAUGUCAUCCCUCCUCUCUCUCAUCUGAUUUCAGCCAUUUUCAAUAUGGUUGUUAGUAAAAACUAACCUAAAUAAUAUUCUGACAUGGUUGCUGAUGCAGACCAGGUAAUUUCUGACUUUUUUUAUUUUUUAUGUAUUAUUAUUUGAAGUUUUAAGACAUGAUGAAGAGGGAUAAAGCUUCUAUAGACUGGGCUUCUUUAUUCUGAGAGGAAACCCGCUCGACCCCCCUCCCUCCCCCCAUUCAUCAUGGUACUACAUUGAAACUGUUGAGCACUGAUUAUCCCAGUGCUGUGACUCAUGUUCCUGCCUAGCAGACAUUUGUUUUCAUCCUUCAACAUUGUUUAGAAGUGUUUGCUUGGAGGGCACCGGGGGUUCUUGUUUUAUCACGUGAAUGUUGUUUAGAAAGUUAUCAACGCUUGUUCUUUCAGCUUGACUACAGAUCAGUGAAGGGAUUCACCAAGUCACAAAGUUUACUGCCAGCUUGUCUAGUUUUUGCCCUUGAGUGAGGAAUUACACAAGUCUUAUGUCAAUGAUUUUUGUAUUAGUUGUAUUGUUAUUCACAAAGGGAAUCUUUGUACUGCAAUCAAAUGGUACAUUUAUAGUGAAUGUAAACCACUAUGGAUAUGAUGUACUACUUUUGUACAACUUUUUCCAUCCUAUACAGCCAUUGUUUUGUGUGAGAGAAGGUACAGUCCUGCACAUUGUUCAAAUAAGAAUUUAUUUGUAAACAUUGCCAUGAGGCCAAAGCUCUGUUCACUGUGGCAUCUGUUGGUGCUGUUUGUUAUUCUAUAUGUAAUGUAGUACAGAUACAAGCAGGAGACUUUUUUUUUUUUUUUUGCAAAACUGUCGAGCAGGCAAAAAAAUGUUUGUUCAAACAUUUAAAUGAUACUAUGAUGGUAAUAAACAUAUGCAAAACCAGGA